GGCGUAGCCACUUUGGUUCAGGAUGGGCUUGGCAGCUUUGCGCUCGGCAUGGCUCGCCGUUGGUGGCGCGUGUGCGACUUUGGACGAGGCAUCCCUGGAUGCGGCCCAGCGCGCCUCUGCGGCGGCUUGGGAGGACAAUCCUCGCUGCAAUACCGCCGUGAGUCAGGAUGCCACCGAGGGCGGGCUCGGACUCUGCAUGUCCGAGCCCGCGGCUUCUUUUGUGGCACGCGCAGAACUGAAGCAGCGACUGGUCGAGGACAAGGUUGCCGUAGCGUGGUCGGACUUUCAUUCGAAAGCAAAACCUGGUUCACUGCGGCCCCCGCCCUACACGUUUGUGCAGCAGGAUCUUGGUGCAGCUGAGGUGGCAGAGCAGAUACAGGCCGACUGCGCCCCGCUGUCUGAGAUGCGACUUCCGGAGGUGACCUGGGAUGGCGAAGCGUCCGCCGGCAUCGCGCUGAGUUCGCUGAUCCAGGAUGCGGUCGUGCUGGUCCGCGGCGCUGUGCCUGCAUCGGAACGGAACUGGCUUGACGAUGCCCGCAGGUACCUUCUUCAGAAGGCAGCCCAACCCAGCGCUGAAUUCACAGAGUACGUGCAUUUGUCGAAGCAUCGGCACCAUCUCCGACUUCAUGCCUCCGAGCAUCCGCUUGUGGAGCGCCUCUGGCGAACACUGGCACAACGCACCGGAUCAGUACUGCUUCCAGUUGUGAGCCAGUUGGGCGCCGUGGUCGAGUUUGCGGCCUUCAUCACAAACCCUGGCGCUGCUGGCCAGAAGCUGCAUUCCGAUAGUGGGAACACGUUUUCGCCUCAGCAGGCUCCGCUUUAUUCGGCGUUCUUGUUCCUCAGUGACCUCGACGAUGCCAGCAUGGGUCCACUGCAGGUUGUCCCUCGGACGCAUGCGAUAUCAACGAAGCGAGACCAAAUCCGCUGGGCUGUCCAAGCUCUGGCUAAGGCGGGGGCGGACGCUCGGUGCUUGGACCACUGGAAGUUGCUUCCCAUCCGUGCUGGGGAUAUGGGCAUGUACGAUAGUUCUGCCUUGCACCGUGGCACCGCGAAUACCGGAAAUCGCCCCAGAGUUGUUGUGUACAUGAGCAUGUUGGGUGUUGGUGAGUUGCCAUUCGGCUCGACAUUCGCAAUCGAUACUCGAUUAUUGGACUCACCCCAAAGAUUGGAAAACCUAUUGAGCAGCGUCAACGCGUCGCCGAGUGGUGGCUCGCUGCGUACCUCUGAGCUUUGACCGCGCCGCGGUGCACGUGCUUGAGCAUCAGCUUCGCGCUCGUCUGAGCGGCAGAUGGCGAGAUUGUGGACAUCACGCAUGCUUCAGUGUGUGGCAGGUUGAUGUCUCGACGAUCUGCUCGCGGCAGUGUCGUUUCCAGGUGCAGGGCAGGGGGGACGAGAUGUUGUUCUACUAUAUGUUCCCUCGGUCAGGCCACUAUUCCUCA